GGAUGAAAGCUUGAUAGAAGCGAUAGAAUUGUUUCACUUAUUAAGUGGAAUUCAAUUUAUUGAUAAGAUACUAAAGCCGGAUGCAAUUGCUGAUGACAUAAAGGUUGAAGAAGUAUGGAAGCAAGCCCUAAAGGCUUGUUGGAAACAAUCCAUUCCUGUAUUUAAAGAAGGAGAGGAAUUUUUAAAACAGCUUUUUUAUAGUGAUAAACUUAACACAAAUGAAUUUUUAAAGCUAAUAAAUAAAUUUCAAAAAUAUGAAAAACAAUCACUAUCUAUCGAGAAAAUCAAAAAAGUUUGGAAAAAAUAUAUUGAAGAAAAUCUAAAUCCAGAUUUACAAGGAAUUGAAUCGUUCAAUAAAAAUCUUCCUGAUAACGAGUCUCUCAAUGAAGAUGAAAUGUUUAGUUUACUUAAUAUUCUUUCUCAAAAGGAAAGAGAACGUAAGAAGGCAGCUAUCGGUUCUAAAGAAAUGAUAAGCGUAUUAGGAACUAUACUUAAAUCAUCUUUGAAUGAAGGUUCAUUUACAUCGACUGAACAAUUGAAAAAAUCUAUUCAGCAAAAAUUACUUUACGACAAAACACUUAAACAAAAUCAAAAAGAAUACUUAUUUGAUUAUCUCCAAAAAAUUGAGGAUGAAGUUAAUGCUCAUGAACAUAGCGGCGAAAAACGUCAAUGUGAAAUAUGCAAAAAUUUGACACAUGCUAAAUGGUACUGUGAACAUUGUAUUCGUAAUUAUUUACAACAGCACUUCAAGGAUUGGACUUCCGGAAACGCAAUAGUAGAUAAAAUAAUUCAAAAUUGUCAAUUACAAACGCAACAACCACACAGAGUGAUUGAAUGGAUACCUUUCGACAGUUUUAAAUGUGUUCAACGCUUAACUGAAAACUCUAUACAUACCGCAUUUUGGAAUAAUGGAUCCUUUGCUAAUUGGAAUAUUGAAAAGCAAUUAUUAGAAAGACAUGGUGGGCAUCCAGUAGUUCUUAAAAGGCUAAAAGAUUUCAAUAAUUACAAUAGUGGAUCGAUUCAAACGAUCAAAUCACAUUUUUUAAUUGAUAAUACUCGACAAUACCUUGUACAAUGUUUCGGAAUAACUAUGAACCCAGAAACUUUAAAUUUUAUGCUAGUUAUGGAAAAAAUGGAUACAGAUUUACGUUCAUUUUUAAGAGAUAACAAUCACAUAGUUACUUGGGAACAGAGAUUGAAAUAUGUAGAAAUAAUAUCAUUUUCAUUAAAUGUCAUUCAUAAAGCAGGAUAUUUACAUAGAGAUUUACAUCCUGACCAUAUUUUGAUUCAAUUAUUUAACAAUCGUGUAAUUAAGAUGAAGAUUA